UUUUAAAAAGCGAGCAUAUGCCUGGAAAGAGCGCAACACAGUGCCACGGAUACUAAGACAAGGAUGGAAAUGAGGAAAUAGAGUGAAGGGGCCCAUAAUAAGAAGACAGUGACAGGUUUACAUUCAGGAUUAUGAAGGUUCCCUUAGGCAAUAAUAUUACCCCGCAUGCAAUAGAAACAUAGCCUAGUAAGGGGUGAAUAUUUAUUAUAGACGUUCAAUUUAUUGCAUGCUCUCUUCCUCUCGCAACUCUACAUUUUUUUCCUCACACGUCUGCCGCGCGCGUAAUUGCUCACAAUCUCUCCCUCCCUCCUUCCCUUGUGCCACUCAGUCAUUCACUCUCUCUCUCUCUCCGCACGCACACACGCGCUCUAUCACUUUUCGUGGGAGAAAGUAGGAAGGGGGAGAGAGAACGAGAGAGAAAGAGAGAGUGAAUUCAGGUCUCUCUCUGCUCUCUCCGCUGUGGGCACUCAUAUCCACUCCGCUGACUCAAUGGGGCUUUAGCACUUGGAAUAUAAAAUCAAAUAUUUAUUGACCGUACCCCUUUUACUAUUUAAAUGUUGUACAUAGCAUAGGAAGAUAUAGGUAACUUAUUAAAUAAGCGGUAAGAAGAGUUCAAAUACGUUGUUGUUUUUUGCCUCAUAGAAGGUCCAGUCGAAAUUCUCUUCCACUGACUUUCUGUGAGAGAGGAUAUCUAAUUUGAACAUAUCCGAUCAUAUAGUCCAGCGUCAAACAGCUACAAAACAAUGGAUAUUCGAGAUUGCCCUUUUCGGAAGAAGCGGAGACCAUGGAGCGUGGACCUUUCCUCUUUUGCCUUGGUAACUCUGGUGCUCGCGCUGUGCCAACUACCCGUGGCUCGAGCAGAUCCAGUGGAUGUGUUGCGGAUGCUGCAGCUGCCCUCUCUCCCAGAGGGGGUGCGGAAGGUUCCAGGCUUCUGCACCUCCCGGCGCGCCGGUACCGCUGACCACGCCUACCGCAUCUCCAAGAAGGCCCAGAUCUCUGCCCCUACCAAUCAGCUCUUCUCAGGUCGUUUCCCGGAGAACUUCUCCAUCAUGGCUCUGGUCAAGGCCCAUGCGGGCCUCCAGGCCUUCCUGCUGUCCAUCUACAGUGAGCAGGGUGUCCAGCAGCUGGGGGUGGAGCUGGGACGCUCCCCUGUCUUCCUGUACGAGGACCAGACCGGCAAGCCCGCGCCCGAGGACUACCCCCUCUUCAGCGGCGUCAACCUGGCCGACGGCAAGUGGCACCGCAUCGCUAUCUCCGUGUCGAAGAAGAACGUCACUCUGCUCCUGGACUGUAAGAAGCGCAUGACCAGGGCCCUGCCCCGCAGCAAAAGCCCCGUGGUGGACACCAAGGGCAUCACCGUGUUCGGAGCACGCCUGCUGGAUGAGGAGGUCUUCCAGGGUGAUAUCCAACAGCUGCUGAUCGCAUCCAACCCUCAGGCUGCUUAUGACUUCUGUGAACACUACAGCCCCGACUGUGACUCCCCUCUACCCAAAACCCAGUCCCAGGACCCCAACACAUACAAGGAUGCCAAUGGCAAUGCUGACAAACGCAAACCUGUAGUAGUUAAGGCGGCAAAACCCCUAGUAGUUAAGGCUGCAAAACCUGUAGUAGUUAAGGCUGCAAAACCUGUAGGAAAAGCGGCAAAACCUGUAGUAAAAGCGGCAAAACCUGUAGUAGUUAAGGCUGCAAAACCUGUAGUAGUUAAGGCUGCAAAACCUGUAGUAAAAGUGGCAAAACCUGUAGUAAAAGCGGCAAAACCUGUAGUAGUUAAGGCGGCAAAACCUGUAGUAGUUAAGGCUGCAAAACCUGUAGUAGUUAAGGCUGCAAAACCUGUAGUAGUUAAGGGGGCAAAACCUGCCCCAUCCAAACCUGCGAAAGCAGAGAUUGCCAAGCUUGAGGCAAAAGCUGCCGCACCUGCCACAUCCAAACUAGCUAAAACCGAACCUGCUGCCGCCAAGCCCACCAAAGCCAAGCCUUCCCCGGCCAAACAAGCCAAAGCCAAACCAACUGCAAUUGAAGUCCUCCUGGCCAAGAUCAAACCCACUGCAGUCACACCAGUGGUCAAGCCCACACCUGCCACCAGAAAUGGCGGUGAAAAAAAAGUCAAUGGCAAGCCUGUAGUAGAGAAGAACGUAAAUGGUAAUUCCAAGGUCAAUGGCAAUGCCAAACCUGUAGUUGAGAAGAAAGUAAAAGGUGAGGCCAAAGUUAAUGGCAACGGUAAAACUGCUGAGGAUAAGAAAGUUAAUGGCGAUGGGAAAAGCGGCAGUUACAGAAAAGCUAAUGUCAACGGUGUAGAAGCAGCCAAACCUGGAACCACUAAAGCCCGGACAGAAAGAAAAGUCACCAAAGUUCAAAUAGAAAAAACUGUGGUCAGCAAAGUGAAACCAGCAAAACCAGAAACCGAAGUCAAAGUUAAAGUAGUAAAAACCGAGAUCACUAAAGCCAAACCAACAGAGUCGGUCGUCAUCAAAGUCCCUUCCUUCCCCAAACCUGCACCAAAGAAAGAGCUGCCAGAGAAAACCAAGGUGGUGCUUGAUGUAAAUAACAUCAAAUCCAUGAUCCAAAAAAUGCCUCCCUUUGGCAAGACUGCACUCAGUGGCACCGUCGUCCCUGUGCCGGAAAAACCAAAGAAGAAACUGGGCAACGGUUAUCAACAGGAUGUAGAAACGGCAAAUUCUGAGGCUGGCCACACCCCUACAGAGUCGGAUUAUUAUUAUGAGGAGGCGGUCCUACAGCCAGAGAGUGAGGUGAUUGGACAAGAAGCGACCACUGGCCAGGUGGAGGGAACGUUGGUGGCAGAGGAGGUAGAGUUGGCCAAGGCAGGGGGUGAGGUCGAGGCCUUUACUGAGGAGGAGUAUGUGACCGGAGACCUGGGCAUGAAGGAAUACGAUUAUUCCUACAAGGACUACAACGAGCCCCUGCCCGAGGGAGAGACCGGGGGCAACAUGGGCCCCGCCCUGUCCGCUGUGACAGACGAGGGAGGCGCCUCAGUGAGCGCCGUAAAAGGCGAGAAGGGAGAGCCUGCUGUCCUUGAGCCUGGUAUGUUGAUUGAGGGACCUCCGGGACCAGAGGGACAGGCAGGUCUCCCCGGACCUAACGGCCCAUCUGGCCCUCCUGGCUCUGUCGGUGAUCCUGGCGAGAGGGGCCUCCCUGGAAAGGCUGGUAUCGCUGGUGCCGAUGGGGUGCCAGGCCCUCCUGGAACGUCCGUCAUGCUGCCCUUCCGUUUCGGAAGCAGUGGAGGUGACAAGGGUCCCAUGGUCUCAGCGCAGGAAGCCCAGGCUCAGGCCAUUCUGUCUCAGGCCAGGCUGGCUCUGAAGGGACCACCCGGACCAAUGGGCUACACUGGACGCACAGGACCCCUGGGUACCCCUGGAAGUCCUGGGCUGAAGGGUGAGGGUGGGGAUCCUGGACCUCAGGGCCCCAGAGGACCACAGGGUUUGAGCGGACCUCCCGGCAAAUCAGGAAGAAGGGGUCGUGCUGGAGCUGAUGGAGCCAGGGGCAUGCCAGGAGAGGGUGGGCCUAAGGGUGACCGCGGUUUCGAUGGCCUGCCUGGAUUGCCUGGGGACAAAGGACACAGGGGUGAUACCGGAGGAUUGGGACCCCAAGGAGGUCCUGGAGAGGACGGAGAGAGGGGAGACGACGGCGACAUCGGACCCAGAGGACUUCCAGGUGAACCAGGACCUCGUGGUUUGCUCGGUCCUAAAGGUCCGAACGGAAUCUCCGGACCUCCUGGUGUGCGUGGAAACGACGGGCCCCACGGUCCUAAAGGAAACCUGGGUCCCCAAGGAGAGCCAGGCCCCCCAGGGCAGCAGGGUACCUCAGGAACACAGGGAAUGCCAGGACCACAGGGAGCCCAUGGGCCCCCAGGAGAAAAGGGCCCCACAGGGAAGCCCGGUCUGCCAGGCAUGUCCGGAGCCGACGGCCCCCCUGGUCACCCAGGAAAGGAGGGACCUGUUGGCACCAAAGGAAACCAGGGCCCCAAUGGUCCUCAGGGAACUAUUGGCUAUCCUGGCCCUCGUGGCAUUAAGGGAACUCAAGGUAUCCGUGGACUGAAGGGUCACAAAGGAGAGAAGGGAGAAGAUGGCUUCCCUGGAAUCAAAGGAGACUUUGGUGUCAAGGGGGAGAGAGGAGAGGGUGGAGUGCCCGGCCCCAGGGGAGAGGACGGUCCUGAGGGGCCAAAGGGCCGCGUUGGCCCCCCUGGCGAGCUUGGACCCAUCGGCCUGGUCGGGGAGAAGGGUAAACUUGGUGUCCCUGGACUUCCGGGCUAUCCUGGAAGACUUGGACCUAAGGGCUCCCUCGGUUUCCCAGGAUUCCCUGGGACCAACGGCGAGAAAGGAACAAGGGGUCUGAUUGGAAAGCUGGGACCCAGAGGACAAAGAGGACCAACGGGCCCCAGAGGUCAGAGAGGACCGAGAGGAUCUACUGGCAAACCAGGAGCCAAAGGUACAUCAGGAAGUGACGGCCCAUCUGGUCCACCAGGAGAGAGGGGACUGCCCGGACCUCAAGGAGUAAACGGUUUCCCGGGGCCAAAGGGACCCCCCGGACCACCAGGGAAGGAUGGACUGCCCGGACACCCUGGACAGAGAGGAGAAGUUGGAUUCCAAGGAAAGACUGGGCCACCCGGACCUCCAGGUGUUGUUGGACCUCAAGGUCCCUCAGGAGAGACUGGCCCCCUGGGCGAGCGCGGUCACCCCGGGCCUCCAGGACCACCAGGCGAGCAAGGACUCUCCGGACCCUCUGGCAAGGAGGGAACUAAGGGAGACCCUGGUCCCCAAGGCGGCCCCGGCAAAGAUGGACCCCCAGGACUGAGAGGCUUCCCCGGAGAGAGAGGAAUGCCUGGCACCCCGGGAGGCGGCGGACUGAAAGGAAGCGAAGGCCCAGCAGGACCUCCCGGAACAGCUGGAUCCCCAGGCGAGAGAGGGCAGGGAGGCAGUGGAGGCCCCAUCGGGCCCCCAGGAAGACCUGGCCCCCAGGGGCCUCCAGGACCAUCAGGAGAGAAGGGCGUGCCCGGGGAGAAAGGUCCGAUCGGCCCGGCUGGUCGUGACGGUGUCCAGGGCCCAGUGGGUCUGCCAGGUGCUGCCGGAUCCAUCGGAGUUCCAGGAGAGGACGGAGACAAGGGUGAGGUUGGAGAGCACGGCCAGAAGGGAGCGAAGGGCGGCAAAGGAGAGCAUGGUCCUCCCGGUCCACCAGGGCCAAUGGGUCCACUCGGUCAGCCCGGCGCUGCUGGAGCUGAUGGAGAACUAGGAGCCAGAGGUCAGCAGGGGCCAUUUGGGGCCAAGGGAGAUGAAGGAUCAAGAGGAUUCCCAGGGGCCCCAGGUCCCAUUGGACUGCAGGGAUUACCAGGCCCAUCAGGAGAGAAGGGAGAGACAGGAGACGUCGGACCAAUGGGUCCACCUGGCCCCCCAGGACCCCGUGGCCCUGCUGGUUCAAGCGGCGCUGACGGUCCUCAAGGUCCUCCUGGUGGUGUGGGUAACCCUGGAAACCUGGGAGAUAAGGGAGAGCCUGGCGAAGCCGGACCACCUGGAAUCGGAGGAGAGCCAGGAAAGAAGGGCCCACGUGGAGAACACGGAGACAAGGGAGAGGCGGGACAACCUGGUACUUCUGGCCCUGCUGGUGGAAGAGGAGGCCCUGGAGACGACGGACCCAAGGGAAACCCUGGCCCUGUUGGAUUCCCAGGCGACCCCGGGCCCCCUGGUGAACUCGGCCCCAGAGGUCAGGACGGAGCAAAGGGAGAGAGAGGAGAGGACGGUGAACAAGGACAAGCUGGAUCUCCUGGACCCACUGGUGAGAACGGGCCUCCUGGUGGACCAGGAAAGAGGGGUCUUGCUGGAACGAGAGGACCAGAGGGACGACAGGGAGAGAAGGGAACUAAGGGAGAUCCAGGUGCCAACGGACCUCCAGGAAAGACAGGCCCCGUCGGACCUCAGGGUCAACCAGGAAAACCAGGAACUGAGGGUCUGAGAGGACUCCCUGGAUCAGUGGGCGAGCAGGGUUCUCCGGGCCUUUCCGGCCAGAAGGGACCUCCCGGACCUCUGGGACCGCCAGGUUUGCCAGGACUGCGCGGCGAGGGCGGUGACAAGGGAGAGAAAGGCCACUCGGGUCUGAUUGGUCUGAUUGGGCCCACCGGAGAGCAGGGAGAGAAGGGAGACAGGGGACUGCCAGGGCCACAGGGGACACACGGAUCCAAGGGAGAGACUGGUGUUUCUGGAGGCACUGGGCCCAUCGGUCCUGGUGGCCCUGCUGGUAUGCCCGGUCCCGAAGGUGUGAAGGGAGCUAAGGGUGCUACAGGAGGAGCUGGUCCCAAGGGAGAGAAGGGUGUCUCAGGACCCCCCGGACCUCCAGGUCCUCCAGGCGAAGUCAUCCAGCCAAUGCCCAUCCAAAUCUCCAAGAAGUCCAAGCGCUCCAUCGACGCCAGCCGGAUGCUGUCUGAGACAGAUGCCGAGUCGGCUGCAGCCGACGCCACCGGCACAGAGUUCCUGACAGGCAGUGAGGGCAUGGAGGAGAUCUUCGGCUCGCUGAACUCGCUGAGACAGGAGAUUGAGACCAUGCGCUUCCCUCUGGGCACCAAGGACAGCCCCGCACGCACCUGCCAGGACCUCAAACUCAGCCAGCCAGAGCUCAAGGACGGAGAGUACUGGAUCGACCCCAACCAGGGUUGCUCUCGCGACUCUCUCAAGGUGUUCUGCAACUUCACCGCUGGUGGGGAGACGUGUCUGUACCCCAGCAAGAGCGUGGACACGGUAAAGCUCAACUCUUGGACCACAGAGAAACCAGGCUCCUGGUACAGUGAGUUUGCAACUGGCAGCAAGCUUUCCUACGUGGACUCUAAUGGCGAGCCGAUCGGUGUGGUCCAGUUGGGCUUCCUGCGGUUGCUGAGUGUCCAGGCCCGCCAGAAUUUCACCUAUCACUGCCACCGCUCCGUGGCCUGGGCCGACCGCACUGCCAAUAAUGGCCACAAGAGGGCGCUGCACUUCCAGGGCGCCAACGAUGAGGACCUCAGCUACGAGACCAGCCCAUACAUCAAGGCCCUGGUCGACGGCUGCUCUUAUCGUAAGGGCUUCGACAGGACAGUGGUGGAGGUGAACACGCCCCAGGUGGAGCAGCUUCCUCUGCGGGACCUCAAGAUCACAGACUUUGGGGAGAGCAACCAGAAAUUUGGCUUUGAAGUGGGACCUGUCUGUUUCCUGGGCUAACACACACCGUACAGAGAAAUGAGAAACACAUAUAGAAUAUACACUUACAAUGAUGCACACACACACGCCCUCUGUCACACACACUAAUGCACUUAACACAAACAUUGACACAUUUGCAUAGACAUGGCAAUAUACAGUACAUGCCCAGUAAUUUGUACAUUUAUUUCAGGAUAUCAAGCACACUCACACACAUUAUAUAUAUAUAUAUAUACACACACACACACACACACACACAGAGAGUUGUGAAACGGACAUGCACUCACUCAAGUGUAUGCCCAGGGGAAAACAUCUCCUAAUAGAAAUGGACGACAAGAGAAAAGUAGAACGCAAACAUUCUCGCGAAGAGGAGACCAAAGAUCGAUUGCAAGAAUGAGAGAUGGCAUUCAGACCGUCAACAGAAUAAAACAGUGUUCUUUUCCAACGAACAGCUGGGUCAAAGACCCGUCUCCUCCUUCCGUACACGCCAGAGCCCCCUGUCGCGGACCCCCCCUCUCACUCCUCUCUCCUUCCCGCUGUCUCUCUACCGAGUUGUCUCAGCCACUCUACCUCUCUGCUUCGCCCUCACCACACACUUGUACCUCUCCUGCAUCCAAGCCCCACCCCAUCCUACGCCUCAUUUUCCGCUUCGCCGCAUUAAGGGGAAACCAACGAAGGAACGGGAGUUCCACGAAGGCCUGGCGGUUCAGAGACGACCAGGAAAGUCUACUGUACGUCCAUGUUGUCUAGCUAAGUGAAUUUUCUCCUUCAUCAUCUCCACCAGUGAAAUUCUAUACCAAACAAACCAACUAUACCAGCCUAACAUGACAGUUACACUAAAUCAGGUCAAAUUUAAUGCAGGCGGAUGAGUCAAAACUUUACGGUGCUUUGUGGAGAUAGAGUGGAAGCAGAUCUGUGACAUCUCUAGCUUUACCGCGGCUCAAACCUUAAGGUGUGACUAUGAGCAGCCCUUUACUCAAUACUGUAGUAAUAUAGUCCUAACAGCAACGUACUGUCUCUGAGCUGCAUGGCUGUUUAUUUUGGAGCCAAUAAUGUUGCAUGCAAUGGGACGGAAGGGUGUCUAUGCCUUCAAGGACCAAUGAAUCAAAAGCCAUGAACCUUGUAAAUUGUACUGAACGUGAUGCGUGGAACAUUUAUUUGUAAUCAAUGUUACAACUGUCACAGACAGUCCAGAACUGUAGUUCCUAGACAAGCGAAUGGGCCAGAAUGCCAUCAAACCAGUGUAGUACUUACAGGUCUGGAAUUUCAUUGCUGUUUCAUGUAGAACACGGUUACAUUACAGGAUUUGUGACAUUCCGUCUCUUUUCAAGCAGGGAAGGUAUCAGGGUUAAAUAUGUAUAUGAGCUGAAUAGAUGACGACCAAACGUUCUCUCUUACAGCGGUGGAUAAAUGCUUGCUUUCAAAAAACUGUGGCACGGUGCUAAUUAUACCAAAGCGUUAAUAUAUUCAGCGUGAAUAAUUCAAGUUUGUCUCCAUCACAGCCGCACGAUGUCGUCACCAGUUCUCCUACUGGAAAUGUGCAAUCGAAUCCAUUUGUACAGACAGUGAUAUUCUAUUGUAUUUAUUGAAAACAAAACAGGGUGCUUCAAACAACGACAAACCAAAUAUGACAGUCGAAUGUGGUAUUUCAUUUUGUAUUUAUUUCCUGUAGUUCUCACUUGGCGGUCUUAAAACAAUUAAAUACAUAUUAAACUAACACUAAACCGAGUUAUCUGUACACACCCCCCUUUGGUCUAUGAAUGUCAACAGUUCUGGUGGGGGUGGGGGGGGAAAGAACAUAUGUGGCCAUAUCUCAUUGUAACCAUUUAGCAUUCAUCGACUGUACUGUGCUGUUAUGAUUGCUUCUACUGUAAUGAUUAAAUGGUGACUCUCCAUUGCGGUUUGUCACUGCUUGGCUGAGCUGUGCUGCAGGAGUAUGGCGAGGGCGACAGACACCAGGAUUCUACAGUUGUGAGAAUACAGCGGGCAGGGGACAGCUAGCGGGAGGGAUGGAAGAUUCUAGCAACCACGUGGGCAAAUAUUACAAAGAUUUUGUUUCGAAGUGAUAUGUGGCUAUGGGGUUGUAUAUCAUUAUGGGUAUUUUGGUUUGUGUGUUUUGGUUUGUUUUUCUUUUGACAUUGCAGAGAAGGGGGGGAUUGACAAACUAAAACCUGAGGUGAUUCGCGAGAGAAAAUUACAUCGAUUAUUUUUUGUUGUUGUUGUUAAAGACAAACAUAUUUCAACAAAAUAUGGUGCUGAAAAGACAAAAAGUAUUAUUUUAUAAUGUAAGUAAUUUUAAAUGUUUUGUUUCUGUAAUAUAUCAUCUUUUUAAAAAUA